GCAGGAGAAGCAAGCAUGGACACCCCUCCCAACGCCACCCCGCAACCCUUCAGACAGCCGAGUUUUCUCAAUCGGAGGUUGAAGGGCUCAAUCAAGAGGGCGAAAAGUCAACCCAAACUGGACCGGACUAGCAGUUUCCGCCAAAUGAUUUUACCUCGUUUUCGUAGUGCAGACCAAGAAAGGACGCGCCUGAUGCAGAGCUUCAAAGAAUCCCAUUCCCACGAGUCCCUGCUUUCUCCUAGCAGUGCAGCGGAAGCUUUGGACCUCGUUUUGGAUGAAGAUGCUAUAAUCAAGCCUGUCCACUCCAGCAUUUUGGGGCAGGAAUACUGCUUUGAGGUGACCACAAGUUCAGGGACAAAAUGUUUUGCUUGUCGUUCAGCUUCAGAGAGAGAUAAAUGGAUUGAAAACCUACAGAGAGCUGUCCAACCUAACAAGGAUAACAGCAGAAGGGUGGACAAUGUGCUUAAAUUGUGGAUCAUCGAAGCCCGAGACCUUCCUGCAAAGAAGCGUUAUUAUUGUGAGCUCUGCCUGGAUGACAUGCUGUACGCCCGCACCACCAGCAAGCCCCGCACGGACACCGUCUUCUGGGGCGAGCAUUUUGAAUUCAACAAUUUGCCUACCAUCCGUAGCCUUCGUUUGCACCUCUACAAAGAAACUGACAAAAAGAGACGCAAAGAAAAGAGCACAUACCUUGGUCUGGUCAGCAUCCCCAUCUCCAGCAUCACCGGCAGACAGUUUGUGGAGCAGUGGUACCCCGUAAUACAGUCCAGUGUUUUGGCCAAAAGCGGCGGCGUGGGAAGUGGGAAGAUCAUCAAUGCCUCGCUUCGUGUCAAGUCUCGCUACCAGACCAUGAAUAUCCUUCCAAUGGAGCUGUACAAAGAGUUUGCUGAGUACAUUACCAACAACUAUCGAACACUGUGUGCCGUUCUGGAGCCACUGUUAAGUGUCAAGAGCAAAGAGGAAGUGGCAUUUGCCCUGGUACACAUCCUUCAAAGCACGGGGAAGACUAAGGAGUUCCUGUCUGACAUGGCAAUGUGUGAGGUGGACCGAUUCAUGGACCGGGAGCAUUUGAUCUUUCGGGAGAACACCCUUGCUACCAAGGCGGUGGAGGAGUACCUCAAACUGAUAGGUCACAGAUACCUCAAGGAGGCUAUGGGUGACUUCAUUCGAGCCUUAUAUGAAUCUGAGGAGAACUGUGAGGUGGACCCAAUGCGUGUCCCACCGUCGGUCCUCGCUGACCAUCAAGCCAACCUUCGCAUGUGUUGUGAGCUGGGCCUUUGCAAGAUCAUCAACUCUCUUUGCAUAUUUCCUCGGGAGCUGAAGGAAGUCUUUGCCUCAUGGAGAGCCCGGUGUGCUGAACGCGGACGGGAAGAUCUCGCCGACAGCCUCAUCAGCUCCUCCCUUUUUCUUCGCUUCAUGUGUCCCGCCAUCAUGUCCCCUUCCCUGUUCAACCUGACCCAGGAGUACCCGGCUGAGCGCACAUCCCGCACGCUCACCCUCAUUGCCAAAGUGAUGCAGAACCUGGCGAGCUUCACCAAGUUUGGACCCAAGGAGGAGUACAUGUACUUUAUGAAUGAGUUCUUGGAGAUGGAGUGGGGGUCCAUGCAGCAGUUCCUUUAUGAGAUUUCCAACAUGGAGACCGGUGGAAAUGCGGGAGGGUUUGAGGGUUACAUCGACCUUGGAAGAGAGUUGUCCAUGCUCCACAGUUUAUUGUGGGAGGUCAUGGGCCAGCUCAGCAAGGAUGCUAUUCUUAAACUGGGACCCCUACCACGGCUGCUGAAUGAUAUCAGUGUGGCACUUAGGAACCCUCAACUCCACACACCGGCAAACCAUCAGCCAGACAGACCGAAGGAUCGGCUUUUCUCUCGGCCGUCCUUAAACCGCAUGAUGUCUUCUGACUUCCAAAACCUUAUGAUGCGUGACUUAAACAGCUCCAUAGACAUUUCCCGCCUCCCCUCCCCAACAACUGGAGUGUCGGCAGUGGAAGCCCUCUCAUCUCACCUCAACAUGAGGCGUCACGCCGAACGCGACCUUCGCUCCUCCAGGGAAGUUUUCUAUGUGACCCGCCCGCCGCUGGCCCGAUCUAGCCCUGCAUACUGCACAAGCAGCUCAGACAUCACUGAACCUGAUCCAAAGGUCCACAGUGUGAACAAAAGCGUGUCCAUGAUGGACCUUCAGGACUCGCGCAUGAACAGCAUUUCGAACCUAAACUCCGUGGGAGACAUGCUCACCUCCUCUCAAGCUUCCAUUGCUGGCCUGGGCCACAGCUUUGGAAACUUUGGCGGCCCGCUUCGUAUGGGCGGGCAUAUGCCCUCGGGCUCGGGGGGCUCCGGAUUGCGGCUCAGCCAGAUGGGCCACAUAGGCGGCCCCACUGAAGCCCUCUCCCAACAGCAGCAGCAGGCGGCGGCAGCCAUGAACUUCCCCCUGUCCUUCCAGAACCCUCUCUUCCACUUGGCUGCUCAAAACUCCCCGGGUCAAUCCCAGCCUCCUCCUCCUCCCC